AGGAAACCGGAAGCCCGCGGUGACCUCUGGCGACCCGGUUUGUUUUCGGUCCGUUUCCAAACACUGGGGAAUCGAAACUCGGCGGCCCUGGGGGCGGCCCUACGGAGCCUGUCUUCGGGUGUUUUUCAGGAACAUAACUCUCAGAUGGGGAAGUAAUGAUGAACCUAACAGCAAAAGUAGAUGUACAGAGCAACUGUCAUGGAUGCACUGGUAGAAGAUGAUAUCUGCAUUCUGAAUCAUGAAAAAGCACAUAGGAGAGAUACGGUGACUCCAAUCUCAAUAUAUUCAGGAGAUGAGUCUGUUGCUUCACAUUUUGCCCUUGUCACUGCAUAUGAAGACAUCAAAAAACGACUUAAGGAUUCAGAGAAAGAGAACUCUUUCUUAAAGAAAAGAAUAAGAUUUUUGGAAGAAAAGCUUAUAGGAGCUCGAUUAGAUGAAGAAACAAGUUCUGUGGGACGUGAACAAGUAAAUAAGGCCUAUCAUGCAUAUCGAGAGGUUUGCAUUGAUAGAGAUAAUUUGAAAAGCAAAUUGGAUAAAAUGAAUAAAGACAACUCUGAAUCUUUGAAAGUAUUGAAUGAACAGCUACAAUCUAAAGAAGUAGAACUUCUCCAGCUAAGGACAGAGGUGGAAACUCAGCAGGUGAUAAGGAAUUUAAAUCCACCUUCAUCAAACUGGGAGGUGGAAAAGUUGAGCUGUGACCUGAAGAUCCAUGGUUUGGAACAAGAGCUGGAACUGAUGAGGAAAGAAUGUAGUGAUCUCAAAAUACAGCUACAGAAAGCCAAACAAAUGGAUCCAUCUCAGGAAGACAAUCUGAAUAGCAGUGAUCUCCAAAGACUGAGCAUUUCAAGCGACAAUAUGCAAAAUGCAUACUGGGAACUGAAGAGAGAGAUGUCUAAUUUACAUUUGGUGACUCAAGUACAAGCUGAACUACUAAGAAAACUGAAAACCCCAACUACAGUCAAGAAAGCCUGUGCCCCAAUAGGAUGCAUGGAAGACCUUGGGAAAGACAGCACAAAACUGCACUUGGCGAAUUUUACUGCAACAUACAAAAGACAUUCCCCCCUGUCACCAAAUGGCAAAACUCUUUGCCACACCACAUCUUCCCCUUUAUCAGGAGAUAUGAAGGUUUUAUCAGAGAAAGCAAUUCUCCAAUCAUGGACAGAUAAUGAGCGAUCCAUUCUUCAUGAUGGUACUAACUUUCAGGAACACAACUCUUACGGCAGAAAUUCUCUGGAAGAUAAUUCUUGGGUAUUCCCAAGCCCUCCUAAAUCAAGUGAGACAGCAUUUGGGGAAACUAAAAAUAAAACUUUGCCUUUAUCCAACCUGCCACCACUGCAUUACUUGGAUCAACAUAAUCAAAACUGCCUUUAUAAGAAUUAAUUCUGAAGAGAUUUCAGGAUUUGGUCAUGAGGUUACUGUUAUCUCCUUCAGUGGCUCUCAAGAAAUUACCUAACUGAAAGCAGAUUUUGAAUAAACUUGCAGAGUUCUUCAGUAUAUACAUUUGCACAUACUGUUCUCCACAUCAUGUAUCAAUUUUCCAGUAUGAAAGAGCACCCUCCAGCUCCAUGUUCUAAGAAUCAGAUGUAAGCUACUAAAUAAUAAACUUAAGGUGUUUCAAAGAAACGAUUCUACCUUUGAUAGUAAUUGUAAAUAACUGCCUCUCAUGUAAAGGAUGGAAUUAAAAUUUUUUAGGACAUGGUUUUAUAUAGCAUGUGAAAUGCCUAAAUAUCUGUUCAUAAAAAUAAGAGGCCAUGAAUAUGUGAGAAAAAUUGUAAGUUGCUUUAAUUUGCAUAAAAGACAAAUGGCAAAGUGAAUAGGUUCUAUUUGUAGUGACCUUAAAGAUGAAAAUUAUAGUUGAAUAAUAUAGGUUAUUCCAUCUGCAUAUGCUAUUGUGUUUCAAAGUUUAAGACUCAGUAACAUUGUGAUUAAAAAAUGGUUUCAAGACUUGAAAUAACCUGCUCAUUGAAACCAACUUUGUCCCAUACGUCCUUCAAAUCCUAACUGAAAAAAGUGAUGAAAUAGUUGAAAACCUAUGUGGUGUGUGAACUAUUUUAAUACCUCAUUAUCCAAUUAGAAGUAGAAAGAGCAUCACACAGGUUGCAGUCUAAUCUGUGCCUUCAGUGGUCCAUAAUAAAAAGCUAAAUAUGUAACCGGAUAAAGUCAUUUUCUUCAAAGGGUCUAUACCUGCUUGUUAUGUACAGCGACUUAUAAAUUGUUACUUUGUUUUGAAAUGUAAGAGUGACUUUUGAUUAACCACAUUAAGAAUUUUAGUUCUGUAAACCAAAUUCUGUGCUGUAUUGAUAUAGUCUGAUCACUGAAUGUCCCCAAACUUUUUGAUUCUAAGUGGCCUAUCAUUUAUCAACAAAGAUAUAACAAGGAUGGCUUCACAUGGAAAUCUGUCUAAAUUCUUUCAGGGUGGUGGUAUUAACAUUGUAAUAUAAUGUAUUAGUUGGCUUAUACAUCUUUUGCCUCAGAUAAACUGUUUCAUGUAGGAGACCUUUAUCCUUUUUGAUAGACAGUUUCAAAUAUCUUGAACUCAAAAGAAUAUCUCAGAUCUCUUCUAUAUUAACUGAAUAGCAUACAUACAUAAACAGUGUUCACUGGUCACAGAUAUUUUUGUCUUUCUAUUAUCUUACUCACUUAUUCAGGCUUGUCUGUGAUUAAUGGAAUUGGUGUCAGAUGCUGGAAUUUAUUCUGACCAAUGAACACAGCUGACUCCAGGGAGUACAAUCUCCUGCCAAGUAAUAGAACAAAACCCAAUAUGCAUAAAACAAAUACAAGACUCCAGGCUUUAGCUAAAGGAAGCAACUACCUGUGUAAUAACAAAGCAGCAGAAACUAUUUCUCAUGUGGCUGCAUAGGCUGUAUAUUAUAUCUCAUCUCUAACGUAGCUUACUGGUUUGCCUUUUGUAAAACCAAGGUUGGAAACUUUCCUUUGUAAAGAAGUCGUAUGAGAUAAUGGCUUGAUUAAUGUUUUGAAUAAUGCCAAGAAAUUGUUUAAUUAAAAUAAAUUAUUUUUGUUUGAAAUUGAA